AUGGCGACUGACUUAAUGAAAGCAUUGACUCAGUGCCCAGGGGCAGUGAAAAGGGUCAAUGAAAGAAUGGAGACGAGCCGACAACUUCCAGGUGGCUCCUGGAGAUACUCCAGAACUUCGACUGAUCUCCAAGAUGCAGGGAUGUCCAGCUCUGGCCUUCUAGAUGUUCAUGGGGAAGGGCAACAGUUCUAUAUCCUUGGGGUGGUGCUGGCACCGAUCCGUGUUGCUUUGGCCUUCGUCGUUCUGUUCCUCAUAUGGCCCUUCGCGCUUCUCCAGGUGGUGGGCCUCCCGAAGGAGACGCUGCAGGAACCGUUCUCUGGAUGGAGAAACACUGUCUCCCAUGGAUCUGUCUAUCUUCUGAGUCGCCUGAUGUUCUUCCUGCUGGGCUUCAUGCGAAUACGUGUACGGGGUCAAAGGGCGUCGCGGCUAGAGGCGCCUAUCCUAGUGGCUGCGCCCCACUCCACGUUCUUUGACCCUAUUACCCUGCUGCCCUGCGACCUCCCCAAAGUGGUGUCUCGCACUGAGAACCUUCACGUGCCAGUCAUUGGAG